AUGUGGGAAGCGAAUCCGGAGAUGUUUCAUAAAGCCGAAGAAUUCCUACCCAAAACAACAGGUGGUGAGAUGGACGAGAUGGACACAUCAGAUACCCAGUGGGGCUGGUUUUACUUGGCAGAAUGUGGAAAGUGGCACAUGUUUCAGCCGGAUACCAACAUUCAGUGUUCAGUUAGCAGUGAAGAUAUCGAACAAAGCUUCAAAACAAAUCCUUGUGGCUCCAUUUCUUUUACUACUUCCAAAUUCAGCUACAAGAUAGACUUUGCAGAAAUGAAGCAAGUGAAUCUCACUACUGGAAAACAGCGCCUAAUAAAAAGAGCCCCCUUUUCUAUCAGUGCUUUCAGUUAUAUCUGUGAAAAUGAGUCUAUCCCCAUGCCACCACAUUGGGAGAAUGUGAAUACUGACGUGCCCUAUCAGCUUGUUCCUUUGCACAAUCAAACACAUGAAUAUAAUGAAGUCGCUAGUCUCUUUGGGAAAACAAUGGAUCGCAACAGAAUUAAAAGAAUCCAGAGAAUUCAAAACCUAGACUUGUGGGAGUUCUUUUGCAGGAAAAAGGCUCAGCUCAAAAAAAAAAGCGGUGUGCCUCAGAUUAAUGAACAAAUGCUAUUUCAUGGUACCAGCAGUGAAUUUGUGGAAGCAAUUUGCAUUCAUAACUUUGAUUGGAGGAUAAACGGUAUACAUGGUGCUCUCUUUGGAAAAGGAACCUAUUUUGCUAGAGAUGCUGCUUACUCCAGUCGCUUCUGCAAAGAUGACAUAAAACAUGGAAACACAUUCCAAAUUCAUGGUGUAAGCCUGCAAAACCGACAUCUAUUUAGAACAUAUAAGUCUAUGUUUCUUGCUCGAGUGCUGAUUGGAGAUUAUAUAAAUGGAGACUCCAAAUACAUGCGACCUCCUUCCAAAGACGGGAGCUAUGUGAAUUUGUAUGACAGCUGUGUGGACGACACCUGGAAUCCAAAGAUCUUUGUGGUGUUUGAUGCCAACCAGAUCUAUCCUGAGUACUUAAUAGACUUUCAUUGA